AUACACGGAGGGGCGGCUUGCAAAAGAUUGUCCCUCGACAGAUACCGUAGGCCAUCGCGCAGUAGUUCACAACGCUUCGUAAAUAAGAUCAGGUUUUGAACAUUUCAGUUUGAUUCUACUGCGGAUUUCUCGGCACCUGUCAACAUGGUCAACGUACACAAAGGUGUCCUUGUGGAAUGUGAUCCUGCCAUGAAACAGUUCCUCCUCUACCUGGAUGAAACAAUGACCUUGGGAAAGAAGUUCAUCCUCAAGGACCUUGACGACACACACCUUUUUAUCCUGGCAGAGGUGGUGCACACCCUCCAGGAGAGAGUUGGUGAAUUAAUGGACCAAAAUUCAUUCCCCAUCACACAGAAAUAAGAUUAAGCUAUUUCAAAGAACUCUGUCCUUGGACUACAGACCGCUUAAGAGUUUGUCUUUACAUGAACAUCGUUUGCAAUGUUUUAAUUGGAGACUGAAAAAGAACACUUGUUUAUUUUGUUACCUUGUUCUUGCACGUUGGAUUAAUUUGUGAUGUCUUUCACUUGUGCCAGUUAUUAAAUUUGUUAAAUACACAGUUUGUUUCUUAAACUUAGUCCAAACUAUAAAAUCUUAGUUUCAUGUCUUACAGAUUUGAUUACAACUAUUCCAACAUAUCUGGAACAAAAGCAGUAUUUUAUCAUGUCAUUGGUAUGCCAUAUGACAACAUACUGCAAAAGAGUAUUGUUAAAUGCAAUUUAUAGAUUUAAACCUGGUAGAAGUAAUAUUUGUUCAUUCAUAACAGAAAUAGUAAAAUCAGAUCAAUGAAGCUGGAAAGAGGUAGGCUACUCUGUAGUCCAUGUGUGAAAUUUCAUGUAAAGCAUACUGUCUUAAAGUCUUGUGACAUGAAUCUGUCUUGCUGGA